AUGGCCGACUACGACAGACGACCUCCUCGGGGUGGAGGGAGAGGAGGCGGCCAGUUCAACAACCGCAAGCGAAGAUUUCGAGAUGAUGACCGCGGCUUCGACGACAGCCGAAAUCAGCGUCGUCGCUAUGAAGAGCCUCUGGCCAGCCGCGUGGGCAAGAAGAUGCAGGAUCUCUGCGAGGGCACCAAAUUCUCCCCGGAGGAAGAUGUGAGAUGGCUUGCGAAGACCAUUACCGAUAACUACUUCGACUCCGACCUCACUACUCGUGUCGUGGAUAUCUGCACUGUAGUACCUCUCGAACAGCCAUUGAAGAUCCCAUGGAUCGCCUCAGUCAUCCUUCUCGCCAAUGCGCGCAAGCCCGAGUUUGGCGCCGAAGUCGUCAAGAAGAUUGGGGACGUCCUACAAAAGCACAUCGACGAAGGCAACUGGAGGCCUGCAAAGCUCUAUUUGCGUUUCCUUGGCUGUCUACAGGGCAUGUUUGAGGGCGAGGGCAUCUUUCCACUCCUCGACGAACUCUUUCUCCGUGCUGCAGAUCUCCAGACCAAGUCCUCCGAUGACUCUCUUGGUCUUGAGCUGGUCAAGAUCAUCCUCGUUACGAUUCCCUACACGAUGGCAUCAUCAGCAAAUGGCAUUGAAGCUCAGGCUAGCAGUCUGCUCGAAAAGACGGACAUCAUUGCUUCGACACCUCACAUCCUCGACGCACUGGUUGAUCCAUUCCCAUCUCUACAGCCUGGUGCGCCGAGCAGUUCGGAGAGUGCGCUUGCGCUGCUGCAGAGGCACAUGCAAGAAGAAGCUAAGAAUGGUUGGCCGCUACCCUGCCUACCGCGACCAUGGAGGCCGACCGAGAGGGCUCCUGCCGACGAAGACUAUCCUCUUUCUGAUGCCCAAAAGCAGCCGUUCCCUUCCAUCGCCCUCCCCGAGGCCAUGCCAGUCGGGCCUGUGCCGAUAUUCCCUGAAGUCUACUUCUCUGUGUAUUCUGAUCAGGAGGUCGCGACAGUACCACCAGCGUCCGAUAGUUCCUCAAUCUUACUGAGAGAUGCCAUCAACGACACAAUCAACAUUCUCCACGUCAACCGUUACAUCGCGGCUCGGGUCCUGAUCGAUGUCGACCUCUUCUUCGCACCUCGGACAUUCGUCCAUCGUGGCACUGCCUUUGACAAAGUCGCCGACUCUUUAGCAGAUGGCCAGAUACAGUGGAAGCCAGAAGACGUCGUCGUGGAUGCUUGUUUCGCUAACCUCUUCCAGCUGCCAGCCCCAGAGCACAAGCUUGUGUACUAUCACAGCAUCCUAACCGAAGCAUGCAGACUUCAGCCUUCGGCGGUCGCGCCCAGUCUUGGGCGUGCUAUCCGCUAUCUCUAUCGCAAUGUCGAUAGAAUGGACAUGACGCUCAAUAAUCGACUCUUGGAGUGGUUUGCACAUCAUCUGAGCAAUUUCGGCUUCACCUGGAAAUGGACGGAGUGGACAGAGGACCUCCAAUUGAGCGACUUGACACCCAAGAAGGCUUUCAUCGUUGAUUCGAUCGACAAAGAGAUCCGACUCAGCUUCGCUGCACGCAUACGCGGUACAUUACCGCCCGAGUACGAAGCUCUCAUCGCCAAAGAGAAAGAGAUCGAUGCACCCAUGCCAAAGUAUGAGAAAGAGGACACCCCGUUCAGUGCCACGUUUAAGGAGAUUGUGCAAUCUUUGCGCAAGCGCGCCCCCAUCGAAGAGGUGAAGCCGCUCCUUGAGAAGGUGGAAGGCGAUGCUGAAGCGGCCGGCUAUGACGCCGUGCAAGCCAAAACCGUUGUCCUCGAUGUCCUCAUCACGAGCAUUGCCUGGGUCGGGUCCAAGUCGCUCUCUCAUGUUCUUUCCAUGGUCGAGCGCUAUAAGCCUGUAAUUGAUGAGCUGAUCGGCGGCGAUCUAGCAAUGCAGAGCCAGCUGAUAGCCAGCUUCGUUGAGUACUGGCAAUUCCAGCUGGGCGUUGCGAUUACAAUUGUCCUUAAGCUCGUGAACUACCAGAUUGUCACGCCGCUAGGUGUGGUAAGCUGGGCAUUCAACCCCGCUGGAGGCGAUGGUGGUCGAAAUCUAUCAAAGGUCUUCGUCUGGGAAGCAGUGACCGGUGUACUCCUCAAAGUGGAGAACAAGGUCAGGGAACUUGUACGUGCGACGCGCACACCUGGGCUGGAGGACGAGGAGCGCGAGCGAGUGAAGGCUGUUCUUGAUGCUGAGAUGAGGGAUAGCUUCCACGGCUUGCUUGCACAGAUCAAGAAUGGGCUGCAGGGCAUUCUUCAAGGCGGCCAAGGCGGGCUCACCGAAGAAGACGAGGCGUUGGUCAAGGUAUGGAUUGCGAAGUGGCAGUGGGCGAUGGAUCGACGGGAGAAGGUGCUGGCGCUGUGGGUGGUGGAGGAGCUGGCGAAGCCCCUUCCGCCGCCACCACCGGCGGUUGAGGCGAAGUCGGAGGAUGUGAAGAUGGAGGAUGAUAAGGCAGUUGCGACUAACGGGAACGGGAACGGAAACUUGAAUGGUUCCAAUGGAGGCGACGUGGAUCUGGAUGUAGUUGAUCCUGACAUUGAGUAG